GAACCUGACGGCCGCCUCACCAUCAGCGUAUACAGGAAGCCCACGCACCCUGAUCAGUACUUAGUGUCGUGUCUCCACGAGGGCGCCAAACACCUCGUAACGAAAUUCCUCGUAGUAGCUUAAGAAUUGGAAAGACUGAAACAAACGGAAAUGGAACAAUAGUGGGAAUCCUUAUGAAUGCUCUUAACGAGAUAGGAAGGAAAGGCGUCAUCCAAAAACUGAGUGGUAUGUAAUCUCCUCUUGUAAAGGAAAUCUCUUAAUACCAGGUUUCUCUAGAUCUAUUUACUUUCAUAACGAAAAAACUGAACACCUAUGUAGGAGAAGAUCUUCGAACGAAAGUCUUCGUGACCUUGUCAAGGAGGCUUCAUUUUAGACGUAGAUCGCGCCGCGAACAGUAUUUAUCAUGUAAACUACGGUGUUAAACAAGGAUUUCCAGCCCUGAGAAAAGCCGAAACGACACACGUGAAAAAACAUAGUAUAUUUUUACGUCUGUUUGAUAUCGCCAAUCAGCUGCUGACACGUCGCUCGCCUAUCGCACCACACGGCCAGGUUGAUGAGCGAACGGCGAGGCCUUCACCAUUCUCAAUCUGAGGUCGUUUGGCGGAAUCUUUUCGGAUAAUGGCUGCUGAAACACUGAAAAUUCCGCGCCCGUUCGAAAAUUCCCUGUACGCUUUCGGCGAAUCAGAAAAGAGAUAGUGAGUUGAAUGUAUAAUAAUAUCCAAUAGCGGGUGAAGAUGACAUAAUAUCAUGUCGUGUUCAAAGUCUACCUGGUUUCCAAGCCUCGUCGUCCGAGUAAUGUCUCCGUUAGCAGGAUGUUUUUAAAAUGUACAACAAAACAAUUAUUGAUCUCGGCUUUCGCAUGAUAUUAUGAAUUAUCAAACCUCAUGCCUUCGGCUUCGGCAGAUAACUCGAACCUCGGCAUUGAUAAGUCAUGAUAUCAUGCUCAACCUCAUGCAAUAAUUGCUCAUUUUUCUCUUGAAGUUGAAUGAACGACAGUAAGAACUUGAACACACUAGUCAGUGUUUGAUGGGAUGAUAAAAAGGUUGACUGUGUCAGCGUAAUUACACACGUAGAGGAUGUUAUCUAGUAACUGAAUUUUUUUCAUUUGUUUGAAUUUUUUAACUGAGCAGUGAAGUAGGCAAGUCUUCACCAGAAUACGAACUUAUGAACUAGUUUCUUUGAUUCAAAAAUUUCUCCUUGAGUUGCCCGUAUUCAACGGUGUGUGAUGACAGGAAGAUCGUAACGAAGUUGCUGAAUCGCAAAAAUGCAUUGAUUCAAAUGCAAAUUUUCUCUUUAAAUAUACCAAAAUCCGUCAGAGUUUACAAUAGGUCUUUGAGUUCUCGACAGGCUACAACAACAAUGAAAAAAGAGCAAUGCCGUAAACGUUAUAGAAAAGUUACUUUUGUUGUGCGCAAUCAGUCAGGAUCAAUUUCAACGGUAAGCCUUACCUUAAGAAUAAUCAGUAUAUGGUUUGAACCUAGGAGUAACUGUCGAUCGUGUAGUCUGAACGCCGGGGGAGAGUAGUCUUGAAAAAGAUUGUUGUCGAUAACGUAAAAGUCACUGACGUGUGGACAACCUCAGGCAGGGAAAAAAGUCAUAAGAGACAAGUUAUAGCGACCUAAGAGGGGCCUUAGAAUCUCUAGAGCAACAUUUUGUUGUCAUUUGUUAGCAUGAAGAGAACCUUAUCAUCCGUUUAAAGUAUGCGUGUCUCAAGACGAGGAAGUAGAGACUUCAUCCUAGAAAGUUUAUAUGUUCGAGAUCGGAGAGGAACCCAAAAACCCUAUCAAAUUCAUGUUUACAAAAGUCGGUUCUUGUGACACGAUAUCGUUUUCCAAACUAGAAUUUAGUUCUAUGGAAAUACGCCAGCAAUGGCAUGAAAGACAACUUAAAUAUUACGACAGUGUGUUCUGUUAUUAAUCCCCUUCGUCAUACUUCGUAGCCCGCAUUAAAGAAUGUCAACAAACAGAAGAUUAGUGCACAGCAACUGUACACGUGACAAAAUGCUGCGACCAAGGGGCAAAGCUCAGCCAAGAGCUGCUUUUCGUUGCCGAAUUCUCUUUGCUAGUACCUUAUCAAAUAAUACUUUGAGAAGGGUAACUUGAUACCGGGAAAAGACAAAUGCUGCGAUUCAAUCGAUUGAUUAUGUAGACGUAAUUGCUAUAAUAUGCGGACAACUUUCAUAAUGAAAAGAAACAUAGCAACCACCUUCAAUAAACUUUGUUCAUAAUGAAUAAGUUGCCAGUAAUCGGAUCCUUCUGUUUGCGCAAAGAUUUCUGGGAUCGCCACAUGGCAAACAUUACAACUCGCUAGAGAGAAAUGUACGGCGAAAGGUUUUUUCAACGUCCAAAAAAACGAUUUUGGUGAGAGAUCAUCGCUUCUUUGCCGCUGUUUUAUCAAGAAUGGGUGUGGGUAAUAGUGAUACGAGGGAAGCGCAAGGUUGUGUUCGAACAACCGUGAAAUAUUCAGUAAAAUCUAGCGAUAAACUGUUCUUUAUGCACAUGGGUUACGGUGAAAUUAACAUUGCGUAAUGAUCUCGAGAUUUGGAAAUAUUAAUUAUAAAUCGCCAUGAAAUGACCAAAUAAAGCCUUUUCAGUUUUUUUUACGUGUGUUAAGUCUACUUCUUGCUUUUUCCUUAGCUUGGUAAUUAAAAAACAACAACAACAUAAAACGCUACAACAGUUACUUCGAGGCAGCAAGAAUUGAAAUGGUGUGCUUGAGCAUUAAAUAUUAUCGGGAUACAUUAAGUGAUUAAACACCUACAUUGCCUCUUUGUUGUGAUCAAUGAGAACGAACCAGCGUUGAUAAUCGGCUCAAAACUCAACCCUUUCUUAUGCGACGAUGAGUAGGUACAAAUGGAUUGCUUAAGGAGCGAUGCACAACUGAAUAUAUGUCCACAUUUUCUGCCGGAGUUCCCGUGAUCUUGCUUUUCCUGACAAGACCCUCCGAGGAGUUCGAAGAGAAAAGUAGCGGCUCAAAAACAUUCGGAUUUCUCUCGACAAACUGUCCCUUGACCUAGGGAUUUCCUUUUGUUUUUUACUGCUUGUUUCAUCUUUCCAAAAACAAUUUCCAUCUCCGCUGCCGGACGACGGCUUCUCUUCUUUAAGGACGUAUAUUUUCAGACAUCGUAAAUUGUUUAUUCAAUACGUUGACAAGUAUAAAAACAGGCUUUACGUACAAAAAUGCAACUGAAAAGACUUAACUGAGUUAUUUCCCUGCGAUUUAUGGCUAAUUUUUUUAAUAUGUCGAGACCAUUACGCGAUGACGAUUUCACAACAGAUCUUUCGCAAGAAGAGAAGUUAAUCGGUGUGUUUUAUAACAUAUUUAGUGGUAAUGCCAACAAAAAACUUCACUUCCCUCGUAUCAACAUUAUCUUAAUCCGUUUAUAAUGAGACUGGCAGCGAAAGAGCAUUGAUCUCUCUCCAAAAUCGUUUUUUUGACGUCGAAACAACCUUUCGCUAUAUCUGAUUUCCUUCUAACACCUUGCAAUGUUUGCCCCUUGGCGAUCCCAGAAAUCUUUGCGCAAACAUAAGGAUCCGAUUACUGGCAUCUCAUUCAUUAUCAUCGCAGGUUUGACCCCUUUGUACCAUAUAGGAUAUAGGGAGGCGAGACUGUUUCACAGAGUGAGAAGUUGUGAGAAAAUGAAAAAUCAAAACCAACGGGGCUCUGGAAUGUUGAAGAAAUUGAAACAAUUUAUGACUGUCCAAAGAUGAUACUUACCAUCGUACAGGAUGCCCCACAUAAUCAAUCAUUCGUAACCACUGAAGCGGGUAAAAUGAAUGGUUUGUGAAAUUACGUGGCAUCUGGCCAUAACUUGUGCAUUGGAAGAAUUUCAAAACUCUGAAGGUACGAAUGUGACAUUUAAAAAAAAAAAUCCAUAUUUAAACGAACAUCCACGGGCCAAAAUUCCUUUACGAGAUUUCUUACUGGGAAGCGUGAUAAUACCCGACCAAUGACUCUUGCACCGCCACAUUAUCACUUUUUCUCGUUUUCUCGACCGUCAACUCUUGUUUUGUAGCAUUAUUGCUUGUUUAUUGUUUAUCUUUGUUUAUUUAUUUAUCCUGCCAUUUUUCAAUUAUAAUACAUCAGAAAUAAAAGGAAUUACUAAUACGUUAAUAUAAUAUAACAUAAUAUAACAUAAUAUUAUUGAAAACUUAACAUUUGGCGAGGAAACCUGUAGAGAAAUCAAGAAGCUUAUGUGGGCUACGGGCUUCUCAUAUUUUACAAAAGUGAGGUAUUAGUUAAAUAGCGUGAUUCAGGUAUAAAAUAUUCUAGGAUAAAAAGGAAAGAACCCACGCACAGAAAACAACAGGCACUCAAAGAAACAUUCAAGCUACUUUUAAGCAGCUUGAGAAAAGAAUGAACAAAAAGGAAGAAGGAAAUCAACUCAGGAGUAAUGUUCGCAAUUUAGACUUAGAUAGGGAAAGUAUUUUGUAUUUCUAUAUUGAGAAAAUUGAAAACUUUAGGUCCUUGGAAACCUAACGCAAACUGUCUAAUAUUUAUUCUGAAGGGGGUAUAUAAAAGGAGUUGCAUUGUCUGGUGUAAUAGCAAUGAAUACUACUUGAAAACGUAAAUAAUCUUUUAAGAACAUCGGGAAGACGACCUAUCUUGAACAAUUAAAAACAUAAUCUUCCUAAUUGGAAUCGAUAUAUAAAGUGUAGAUUAAGAAGUUUCAACUGCUUAUAUGUUCAAUACGAGCGAUAAAAGUACCUGUUGAUAUAAUUCGUACCAUCUUUUUCUGAAGUAGGACAAUACUUUACCUUGAGUUCCCCGAAAGAUAAAACAGAAGGUUUGAUCGUGGAUUAACUGCAAUCCUUACAAAAGUGUAUUUUUUCUUUCCUUUAUCUAAUUUAGCCAAGUCAGAAGCUGGAAAUAACCAAAACGGGAUUCAAUACCGAUUUUCUUUGACGGAUGGAUGGUACAGAAGCCAGCAAUAAAGGUUUUUAUGUUCAUAAAUUCAUAAAACGGUAUCAGUGUUACUCAAUAUCCCUUCCAAGUCGUUACUUGUAAUUAAUAAAUACGGUGUUCGCAGUUAUAAUUGUUGCGGCUCUUUUUAAGCCAUAAUUUUUGUUCAGAUGAUGUUUACUUGUUUUGCAGCCACCCCUAGUGAUAUACCAUUUAAAAAGGCCUCUGUCACUGAAAUCCAGAUAUUUGCAAUAUGUGGUGCAGUAGGCGUAGACUGGAGAGACCUGGGUACAGUCUUAGGGAUUGCAUCAGACACUAUGGAUGAUAUUGAUAAAGUUCACCAAGCAUGCCGUGAAAAGGCACGGAAAGUGCUUCUAAAGUGGAAACAAAAAAAAGGGAAAGAAGCAACAGUGGAAAUCCUUCUAAUUGCUCUUGAAGAGAUAGAAAGGAGAGAUGUCGUCGAAAAACUGCUUGGUAUGUAAUCUCCUCUUGUAAAGGAAAUCUUUCAAUAUCGGGUUUAUCUAGAUCUAUUUACUUUAAUAACGAAAAAACUAAACAACUGUGUAGGAAAAUAUCUUCGAACGAAAGUCUUCGUAGCCUUGUCAAGGAGGCUUCGAUCACGCUGCGCCUGCUGUGACUUCCCUGUAGGAUGGCCGGAGGCGCUACGUGUACUGUGUCGUACAAGUCCGUAAACUUCCCUCAAGACCUUCGCGGUUUUCAAAAUGGUAGAGUAUCAUGUCGAGUCAUGAGACACUCAUAACGUCUCUUGUGACUCGUCCUGGUUCAGCUUAGACACUGGCCAUCAUUGAACGAAUCUGAUCGGGUUUCUUCGGAUUUAUUUUUAGUUUUGUCGGGUUUAGUUCGAUGUAUUCUCAGGGUCUCAUCUCUGCAUUUUGACAUUGUUAUCGAUUUGAAGGUAAAAGAUAUGUCGUCGAACGUUCUCACAUGUGCGUUUUACUCUGAACAUUCUAACAUAUCCUUUGAGGAAGAAUGGAAAUUGAAAGGAAAAAAGGGAAAAAGAAGAGAAAAGACAACAGAAAGUUGACGCGGCCAGGGCUCGAACCUUAAGAUCAUACUUUCGGACUCGAAAGGAGUAGGUAUAUCCAUCCUGCUGGGUACGAAUAGCGUGCAAAUGUUGGUGAGGUUAUGUGUUUGACAGGCAUUCAAUACAUGAACCUAUUGGAUUAAUUUCCUGCCCUUGGCCUGUCAAUUUAUCAGUGCAUAAGUCUGUUCUAGACAAGUCCUCUUUUUGUGAAAAUUUUGGCUUUGACAAGAGCUUUUCAUUUACACCUUUACAUUUUAUACCAUGUUGUUUUUCAACUGCAAUACUCUACAACUAUACAACGGUAAGCACAUGCGGUGCCUUUAUAUUAAGUUAAACCAAGAAAGGGGUAUCUUAGGGUUGUGUCUGCGCACGGUUUUUAAGGUUGAAGCAUAGUCGUGGAAGCUUAAAGCCCUUACACUCGAGUCAGAUCUCCUCAAAAUAAUUGAAGAAAAUUGAACUAGUUCACCACUGCAAUUGCAUAUGCCAGCAUUUGAAUAAUUGCUAGGACAAUGUUAACGGCUUGAAGAGCCAGCAACCUUACUACCAUGUAUAUCUGCAUAUCUUUUGCCUCUUUUUACGUAGAAAGGAGAACUGUAAAGAAAAGGUCAAGCUGCGCUGGAGCAGUACGUGGGGAAAGCCAAACACGAGAGGCUGCAACAAUGGAUGGAGUACAAAGACAACCUUUGAGGGAUGGUAAGUUGAUAAUGCACAAAAUUGUGAGAGCCACGUCACAUUAGUACCCUUCUAGGGUCUUUUAAGGGGAUCAACUGAAAUUUGAUGAUGAACGAAUUACUUGGUUUUAUACCUGUAAGAGGACGCGUUUUUCUCCUUGAAACAGAGGCAAGUCCUUCAUGUAGCGGGCACCUUGGUGGGGAAGAGGCUUGGGGGCCUUAAGCAAUAUUAAAGAAAGUAAUCGAAUUUGAAAUUGGCAAAACAUUAGUGUGCGUAAGGGAGAAAAGCUGCAUUUGCAUUGACAAAGUAAACGCGCAUUUAACUUACAGUUAUAAAGACUCACAAAUGUCCGUACUUUAACUAGCUUUGUAUGAUGGGCAAAGCUCUUAGAAAAUGGGAAAUUUGUGAGUCACGUGCUGACAGAUAGUUGAUAACAGCCAUGUACGCGGUCUCUUUUUCUCUUUUUAUUAAUUAAUAGGCCCUUAGUUGCCAUGUAGCGUAAUUCACCUUUUAUUUACCAUUGAUUAGUUGUAGUGCGGGCAAAAUAACUGGCUUUGUUAUUUAUAGGGUAAAUAAUAAUAAUUGUAAAUAAUAAUAAUGGAAGAGUGUGGCAUAUUUUAUUCUGGAUUUAUUGAUAAUGAGUUUAAACGGAUCAGUUUCUCAAGAGUAGAAACGUCAAUAAAAGUUUUAAAUUAAAAACGUUUGUUAUUUUCAAACGAAUCUAAAGGCAUUUAGAAAAGAUAAGAAAUGUGCAGGAGAGCAUGCCCCUGACCCUUUUGCUAACGAUCAUGCCUCCCUCCAAGUAUGUCCAAUACUACGGCUUGAUACAAGUCGUCUAAUGUAUUUACGAGUCAUCUAAAAUAUUCCCGAGUCGUCUAAUAUAUUCACGAGUCGUAUAAUGUAUUCACGAGUCGUACGACCCGUGCCCCUCACUAGGGAGAUUAACAGUUUUUCAUCUCACACCACUGAGCCCUGAUGGUGGUACGUCGAUUCGUAUGAGUCGUACGAUUCGUCGAACCAUGAAUAUUCAUUGCGGAAACCAUGGAAGCGAAACGAGUCGUAAGGCUGUGCUGUCUAUCCAUGAAUGUCAUUAGGGAGAUUUUUUCACCAUAAAACCACCGCGCGAAGUGCACAAACAAGAAGAUCCUUGAGUAUUCCUCGUUCUAAAAGCACUGCGUGAAGUGCACAAACAAAGAGUAUUCCUAGCUCUAAAAGCACCGUGCGAAGUGCACAAAAACCAAAGUAUUCCUCGUUCUAAAAGCACCGCGUGCAGUACACAAAUAACAAGUCUAUUCCUCUUUGUUCCAAAAAAAAGCCCUGCUCGUAAUGCACAAACAACCACUGCAUUUCUCGUCUUAGCAAAAAGCACUACGCAAAAUGGACCAAAUAAUUUCCUUUAGGAAUGGUGUUUUCGAAGCCCUUUGGGCUGGAGGGUCGGCUGGGAAUGAAAUAAUUUCUUUCUGACUUUCAUAGGUGGUAUUCAGAAAUAAUUUUAUUUUAAAAGAAAAUUUGUCUCCUAUAAUUUGUUACAAAUUGCAACUUCUACAGAAUUUUGUGAAAGGAAAAGGAUAGAAAUUUCUAUUAUUAUCAAAUAACAACCAAUGCGAAUUCAGUUUCAAUACAAUGCAAUAUUAAUGAGCAGCACAUUCGACGCACGCGUCGGAACACCGAAUACAUACAACGUGACCGUUGAAACGAUGGUUAAGGAAGAAAAAAGAAUGCUUAUAAGUUUUUCUAAGAAUGCACUUGAUAAGAUCCGGCCAAUUUUCGAAGGCAUACCCUUAGCGUUUCGCGUAAGCAUCUGACUGCGGCUUUUGACACCGGUUGUUUAGCAGCAAUAAAAUAAUAAUAAUUGGUGUGAAAGAUUACUUAAAUGGAAUAUCCAUCGACAACGCCACUUUGUAAAAGGAAAAGGAUAACCAUUUUUAUUUUUAUCAAAUAACAAAUAACAGUAAUGCGAACUCUUUUUUUCAAUCGUAUGCAAAAUUCAACGCACGUGACGAAACAUCGAAUUCACGUAACGUUCCAAAUUCCAAAUUCGCUGUGAUUAACCACAACGUUUGACUUUCCGUUCAAAAUCAGACUUUUGGCAAAACCUACAUUUCUACCUUUCAGUUAUAAAGAUGGUACCCAUAGGUACUCCUGACAUCGAAGGUGAUUGAUGAAGCUCCUUAAAGCAAAGGUUAUAAUGAGUACAUAAAACCUGGCUGUUAAGGAACAGCAAGCUUUCUGCUUCACUACGAAACUUCUCAACGGAAACCUGCCCCUCUCCUUUGUCAUCCUCUAUGAUUCCAAAACAGUACCGCUUCGCGACUCUUAUGAAGUCGUUUACUGUUCAAAAGCCUUCUCCGAUAAAAUGUAACACAAACAAGAGCCUCGAUGAAAUAACGUUGUCUGUGAAGACGCUCACCAUUACUGACGCAUCGAACAAAUUUGAAUGGUUGCCACAGAAAUAAAUGAUGCAUAUCGUUUCCAUGGUUUCCGUAAUGAAUAUUCAUGAAUCGACGACUUGUACGACUCGUACGAAUCGACACACCACCAUCUGGGUUCAGUUCUCUCAAAGUGGUGAAAAAAUAUAUGUCUCCCUUAUGACAUUCAUGAAUCGACAACACAGCCUUUCCGUAAUGAAUAUUCAUGAAUCGACGAAUCGUACGACUCGUGAAUACAUUAGACGACUUGUUUCAAGCCGUGGUGUUGGACAACCCUCAGGAAAUCUCAUUAUCACCACUGUGAGAUUUUGCAUACAAAAUGUGACACGAUGUCUAGUUCUUGCCAAAUGUUUUGAUAUUUGUAAUAAUAGUAAAUUUUUUUUGUUCAAUUCAGUCAUUUGUUUUACAGUCUAUCAUGAUUUUUAUUAGUAACGUUCUUUUAGUUGUUGUCUUUUCUGUAAUCUGAGGAAGUCAGACUGCAUAUUUUUUUUUAUUUUGGUUAAAGUUGAGCUGAAUAUUAGGGCAUUUAUAUAAUGCUAAGUGCCUUAUACUAUCUCUUUGAUUCAGCAAGGAUUUUGUUUGGCUGGGUUUUUAAAGAAAUACGAAUAAUAAUAAUAAUAAUAAUAAUAAUAAUGAUAAUCUUUAUUUCUUUAGAUAAAAUCACAUAUCCUAAGUUACAAUAUAUACUCAAAAAACUAUUUACAUAUCAUAUCUAAAAAUUAUUCUGUUGCUAAAAACGUUCUUAAACCUGUCAGUGUAGAUUCUAGGGACAGAGACUGACGUAUUUCUAAGAUUGUACCUCAUGUUCUUUUCCUUAGGUAAAAACUGAAAGAACGGGCAUUCGGGGUCAUUCGAUCUUUUUUUGUAGAGUGUCUUGUCCGCCUUCUCUAGCAAAUCCCUGAUAUUUACAUUCUUGGACAUAAACUUUCUUUUCAUACACCGGUUUAAAAAAUUCUGUAUUACAGAAAGGUCGGAAUCUGAGUCACCAUAAACCGGCAGAGCGUAAGAAAAAUUUGGUAAAACUAUUGCGUUAAAAAGGUGAUCUACUUCCUCCUGUGACAUUCCUUCCUUACGUAAAGAUCCUAAUACGAAUAAUGACUUGUUCGCCUCAAUUACCUUCGCGCGCACGUGACUACUGUAUUUACAAUUUUGUUGGAAGGUAACACCUAAUAUGGAUAACUCUGCGCACUGCAGUAUAUUACUAACUGACGCGAUGUCCUGACUGAAACCUUUCUUACGGAAAAUAAUCUCCUUGCAUUUUGUUGGAUUGCAUGUCAUGCGAUUGCGGCUGGACCAGCUAAGAAACUGAUCCACCAAGUCAGUGCGACACUGGCCGUUUCCCCAAAAGGGGACGAUAAUUGUAAAAUCAUCAGCAUAUUUAAACAAGGCUGGGCGACCUUCUAGAUUGAUCUCCAAGUCAUUAAUAAACACGUUAAAAAGAUAUGGCCCACUGACACUACCUUGUGUCGUACCCCUACUAACCUCACGCCACUGUCCUUCAAAACCAUUAUUAACUACUCGCUGCUGGCGUUUCUCGAGAAAGCUUAAAUACCAGUUCACAAUAAGAGGAUUCAAUGGCAACUGCCUAAGCUUAGAUGACAGGAGUUCAUGAUUGACACAGUCAAACGCUUUACUAAAAUCCAUUGCAAAUACUCGGACGGCUUUGCAGUCUUGCUCGUCUAAAUAGCUGUAGAUGGUAUGCUGCAUACUCAAGAGCGCAUCAGUGCAACUCCCCCCUGUCGUAUAAGCAAACUGUGUUGAACUCAGAUGCUGUUCGACAAUGUCUCGUGUAUGGGUGUUAUACACAGAUUUCUCGAACGCGCGUGCAAUUACGGGCGUGAUCUUAAUUCCUCUGAAGUCCUGCUUGCCCUUAGGGAUGUCGAUCUUAGGGAGGGGCGUCACGUGGGCCCUUUUCCACGAGGAGGGCCAAUUGCCAGUUUUCAGGGAAAAAUUCCAGAUCUUAUGAAUGACACUUGUGAAGAUCUCAGCGUGAUCCCUCCAAAUCCAAAAGGGAAUGAGAUCUGGUCCCAUAACGGUUUUCUUCAGAUGUUGUAGGCACUUCCACACGUGUCUUUCUGAUAUCUGAGGGGCUUCUAAGCUCUUAUCCACAAUAGCUGGUACAGGCUUCGUAUAUGCGUCAUCAGUGCACAAAUCGGCGAAGUAGUCGUUUAGCUCCUCCAGUGAUUUAGUGUCCAAUGUCAUGUUAGCAGAAAUGCUGCGUUGUUGGGACAAGUUAUCUACAUGCUUCCACCAUUCUCUGGAUCCGACAGGUGCCUUUGCGAGUGUUCUUCUGUUCUUACUAAUCAAUUCGCUUAUUUUCCUGUUAACCUCAGCCAGCCGAUCUUUUUUGCUUGGAGCUAUUCUUGACUUUACCUAUUCUUGACUUGAUUAACGAUUUGUCUAAGGGUGUCAUCCACACCGGAUCACGCGAUGACAUGCGUACUGACCACAACGGCAUACACUCAUCUAUGUGGUGUUUAAUUUUUGCUUCCAAAUUAUUCACUGACUCCUCGACAUCAUUUAAGUUUAAGACACUGUCCCAAUUCUCACUUACUAGUUUUAGGUACAAUCCCUCCUUACGGUGUCUUCUACAAUCCCUAAUGCGAACGUUUUGUCUGAUCGGCUUUAAUUUGGUUCCUGCUGGUACAAUGACCGCUGUGUGAAUGCUUCAAGUUUUGGCAGCCAGGUCCUCAUUGGUAUCAUAAUGAUUUAACCUGAGUAAUUUUAAAGAUGAUAAUCUGGAGAUUCUUUUUAUACAGAAAGCCGAAUGUGUUCGCGUUGUCCUAAUUUGGAAAAGAAACUAAGUGAUAUGAAAACAGAGAAAGAAACAUUAAAAACAAAAAUCAUCUAGCUAAAGUUAAAGCAGGAAGAAGGUAAGAAGACAAGGAAUUAAGAGGAAAAAAGAAGGAAAGAGGAAAACAUACAACUCGGCUUGUUCAACUGAAACCGAGUCAGCUGAGAUUGGACGAUUAGUGAUCACUAAGUGUUAUUCUAAUGACAACAUUUGUUUCUUAAUUAAUCUUAUGAAAUAUGAAGCACGAUAUUCAUUAGGAAAGUAUGCAAAGUGUGUAGACACUGAUCAAGAGAGCAUACAUGAUCGGAGCAUACAUGCCUAACUAACCAUACAAUUGGGUGGGAUAAUUCUAAAAUUAUCACCACUAAUCGGCGUUACCACCAGCGCCUUUGUUUGGAGGCUUGGCAUAUUAACUCCGCCCACGCUCCUUUAAAUCGUGACGAUGGCGGUUUGCUUCCUGACGCCUAUUUACACCUCGUCAAAAAAAAAGGUCGCUAAUUAGUGAUCAAAGGACCUCUUGUUGCAGCGUUUAGAACUUUAAUAUACUGAUCAAUCAGUUUAGAAAAGUUACUACCGUUAGGGACUGGGAAUGUCAAAUGUGUCAUCUUUCUUUGUUUAUACAAAUUUUUAACUUUUACAGUAUUAGUGAGGGGUCUGAUCGUGUUCAGUUCAUUUGUUUCACUGUCUUUUACUGUAAUUCUAGUUUGUCUUUUUUCCUUCAUCCAAGGCUGUUGUCCGAUCGCUACUUCACUGAUUUUUUUUUUUAUAAAAGUUGUCAUUGACGUAAUGUUAAUAUCAAUUGAAUUAUUCUAAUCUGAAGGUUUUUUAUUUAGAAACGAAUAGAUGUUUGCAAUGUCCUAAUUUGGAGAAGGAACUCAACGGUUUAAAAACAGAAAACGACACAUUAAAAAACAAAAUCAGCCAACUCGAAAGAAAGGAGAAAAAGAAAAAAGCAGAAAAAGAAAAGAAUAGGACGGACAUGAAAAGGAAGGAUGAGAUAAUCAGAGAAAACAACACUAAAAUCGCUGACUUGGAGAGAACAAAUAAAAGCCAACUAGAGAACAUAGAACAGUUGAAAAGAAAAAAUGAAAAGGUUAAGAAGAAGAAAAGAGAUCUUAUCGAAGAAAAGAAAAAAAUGAAGAAACAGAUUGGAGAGCUAAAAGCCGAGAAUAAAGAACUAAAAUUGAAGUUAGAAAUUCAAAUGAAGAAACAUAUUGGAGAGCUAGAAACCCUGGUGGAGGAACUAAGAUUGAAAUUACAAGUUCAAAAAGAUCCAGAGGAGCUGAAUCAGCUAAAGACUCAAAAUGGUGUCCUGUUGAGUCAAAUAGAGGAGCUUAACAGAAAAGUGAAAAGCUCCGAGUCAGAAUGCAAGAGGUUACAAGAGGAGCUUAAGAAGUACAAAAAUUGUAAGUAUGUAUUAACAAAGAUAAAUGUGCCGUGGUAUCCGCUGCUUAUUUGUUUCAUUUUAAGGUUGUUUGGCCAUGUGUUAACCUUAACACCAUAAAAUAACAUUCAUUUAUCAUUAAACAUAACAUGUUUGAUGGUAAAUGAACGGGACAGUAGUUCGACUUUUAAUCAAUAAUAGACCGAACUUCAAUUCCUCACGAUUUAUGCGUCGAUUUAUUCCAAGCUUCAACAUCCCUUCCCCCCCGUAACCCUCCGGUGAUUUAAACUUCUGAAGAUUUGUUUAUUCAAAUUUCGGUCCCCCGGGGCCAAAAAUUGUGUUCAAAUGUCCUUCCCAAACGCCGAAUUUGAAGGUCCCUUCUUUUUGUAAAAUGCAAAAUUAAAUCAGCGACCGUGACUUUCCACAUAUUGACCAAGCUUUAAAACCUGGACCUUGUAGACCUUUUCUUCUUAACCAUUGGCUGGCGAAAGUGAACUAAUUAUUUUAAAACACCUCCAUAUUUAAGGAUAAAACACUUGUAUUCCGCCAGAAAGACUUGACAUCUCCUGGUUCAAAUUCCUCUCACCGGGCAGGGAUGACGGUCGAAUCCCCGUGGGUUGCCGAGGGGGUAGGUGUUGAAGCGUCGAGUUGACCAGUUUAUUAUGAGGUAAUACUCCCUUACAAUUUUUUUUGAGAGAAACGAAAAAAAAAAUUUGAAAGGUGUAAGUAGAAGAAUAGUGACCAAGAAGUGACCAAGAGAAACUACGUUCCAUUACUUUCGUGGCAUGGUUACGGGUUUACUGCAAUGGAUAAUAAUUUCUUGGUUAAUUGUCACAAUAGGUGAUAGGUUGUGACGGAUCAGAGUGCGCGCUGUCUCUUAAUCAUUUUAUUAUCUCCAAAAUUAAAUAAAUGAACAAAUGAUCAAUUGAAUCGAUGAAUAAGGAAACGAAAUGGUAGAUUGAUAACCUGAUGAACGAAAUUACAGGAAAGAGGCUACGUCGUUACUCUCAGACAUUUUCUUACCAACUGAAAAUGAAUUUACCGGCAACUGUCCUGGCGUCAUGUGCUUCCUAAAGAGAGAUGCUUCUGCAAAAAUGCACGCAUUUAGAUCUUCUGAUGGUCCGGGAGGGGCAAGUAACAUUAAACCACGAGAAAAGCGCCAUCAGGGAAACAGCGGAAAGCGCAAAUUCAUGGUGGUCCAUUGAUCUGGGCUUGAGCCAUCGACUCGUAGUCACACACUACUCUUUGAGACAAGGCAAAAGGUAUGGAGAAUCAGCACUUACCGAUUGGCAACUAGAGGGAUCUCAUGAUGGAAAGAACUGGGAAAAACUUAAAACUAUUUACAACGGGAAGGAUUCACAGUUCGCCACUCCUCCUCCAUUUUAUACAGGUACGUGGUCUGUCGAAGAGGGAAUACCGGCUUUUCGUUUUUUUAGAAUUUUACAGACAGGUGGAAAUUCUUCUGGUAAAUAUGGAAUAUACCUAUCUGGAAUUGAGCUGUACGGAAUACUUCUGAACACAUGAGACCUAACAGCUAUAAAGACUUUAACUUUUAAAGUUUUCAUCAAGCAGUGGAGAUAAAAAUAGUACCUCUCAGGAGGCAAGGUCUGUGUAAGACUUCAUAUUAAAAGUGUCUUUGGGUCUUAGUUUUGCCACAUUUAGAGUAUAAGAGGUUCUCAAUGGAGUGAUGGCUUUUACGGCUAACAUUUAAAAUUCUGGCCAUUUUACGGCUAACGGUUAACGGUUAAUAUUUUUCUUUAACGGUUAACGGUAAACGGUUAAUAUCUUUCCAUUGUUGUCACCCAAAAUUUGUUUUACAGUUAACUUUUCUUACGUCUAACGGUUAAAAUUUGUCAGUUUUUACGCCUAACAACCAAAUGAUCGGUUAUUCCCUUUGAGAACCUCAUAUUACAGUCCCCUGUUUGGUUUUGAUUGGAAUUCAUCCAAAAAGAGAGUAAAUAAAUGACUGUGAACAUAUGUAAAUCAUAUGUGUGAACUGCGGAUAAAGAAACGAAAAUGGAAGCGAUCUUCGCAGUAAUAAACACUACUUAGUCAGUAGUAAAAAUUAGGCUUGAAAAAAAAAAAAUUCACGACAGGUGUUUAUUACUAAGAUCGCUUCCAUAUUCAAAGAUGGUAAAGAUGCAAGUUUUAUGAUCAAUUUUUUCAAGGGUAUUGCUUAUCAGUGUCUUAGAAGCAGUUACAUGAAAUUGCAGACAUGAAAAGUAAGAGAAUGGAAGAAUCUGCCGGUUGCCUAUGCUGCUUUAUACUGAAGUCACCGUAUCACAAUGGUCUAGAGUAUAAGUAAGACAUGUAAACAAUCAUCUUAUACAUGAGCCUUAGCGAUAGGGAUCAAUAUCAGUGUCUGGGCAACUGCCCACCUACCCCUCCCCUAACCCAACAACAGUCAAUUGAUAACAAGUUAGGGUUAAUGUUGGGUUAAUGUUGGGUUAGGGGAGGGGUAGGUGCGCAAUUGCCCAGAUAUUAAUAUUGAUCCAGCGAUAGAGUGCCAAUCUUCGCCUACGAAUUUUGACACGAGGAAUUCAUUCACAUAAGAAAUUAGUAAGUUAUUAAAUUUUUCAUACUCGGGUUGAAGGGAAGAAUUAUCAAACUUUUAAUAAUUGUGAUAAAUGGUGUAGUUUUCUUAAGUGUUGUGUGGAUUGUCAGUCUAUUUUUAAAAAAGGUCCGCAUAAGUAUUUCUGACGAACUUUCAGUGGAUAGACUUAAAGUGGGGAAAUAAAAGAUCACUUGAUUGAGUG